AUUGACUGUUGUUUGUUACCGACGAUGUCUCUUGCUCCGACGACUACGGGUCGCCUUUGCCUCCAACCGUCAUAUUUCACGUCUUCGGUAUAUGUAAAUGCGGUUCGAGACGAUAUCUCAGUUCUAGUAAAAAGCUUCGAGGAGCAGUAUUCAAAUUCGCCUCAGUCGUGUCCCUUCAAGCUCUUCAAGGAAAUCUGGUGUUCUCAGGGCUGGCAGUGGCUGCAUUUGAAGACUUUCGACCCGAGAGGCAGAGAUGCAUUUUCGCAUACCACCCUGCGACUGUUCCUUGAGUGCAUAGUGCAAUUAGAAAAGCCAAUAACGAGUCUCGUUGCACUGUUCGGCCUGUAUACCUUCUUCUAUACUCAGCCGACGGAUGUCUGUCCGCCACUGCAUUCUGUCCAGCAUAUUCCCAUACCAUGCGAUCAUCAUGCGACUCUUAUCUCGAUUCCGGACACGCUAGCAACGACGGAAUUGGAGCCUUUCAAGCCUGCUGUGCUGCAUAUCCUGAGGACCUUUGCGACAUCCCAGGUUUUCCAUAUCCUCCCUGGAUCUGGACUUGGGUGCCAAAAUCCACGUACACUCCCCCGUGAAAUUGUUGUUCCUGAUGUUUUAGAUGAAGAGGGACCCAAGCGAAAAGGACGGCCAACAAAAGGAGACAGGGUGAAGCGAUCGAAAGUUGCGCUUGACAACCUUGAUCAAUGGAUGCAAAAGACCUCCCUGCCCGGUUCCAGUGAUCUCGGCGCCAAGCACCAUCUGAUUAGCAGCCCACCUGCAGAGCCGACGCUGCUACAGUACCAGAUGCGUAAAGAGAUGUUGUUACAUGCGCUGGACAAAGACCCGGAGGGCAAGGCACACAUUAAUGAGGCAAACGAAGAGGUUUUCAACCGGCUGAAGUUGUCAGAAGAAUUGGCAGAAAGCGAGGUUGAGUCAGAUUCUGGACCGCCUGGAUUACGACGGGUGCAGCGAGCAAUGAAGGAGAAAGACAGAGAUGGACGGUGGGGUGGAUUGCUGGGAUUGCUUGAGGGUGCCGGCAGAUAAGCAGUGCAACAUGUAAUUACGUAUUACCGAUAAUAUUGUAGGUAUGGGAAAUAAUUGCCGCAAGGGGCAUGGAGCUGGCUUGGCGGGAGAAUUGUUUGGCGUCGCUCU